AAGGGCGGCAACAAGAAUUCCCCAUUCGCUCUCCUCGCGCCAUUCUCCCCACGAAACCGCGAACCGACCUAGGGUUCUUCUUCUCCUCCGCCCCCAAUCGCCGCGACCUCUCCUCUCCUCGCCGUACUCAACCGCCGUCCUAGCAUCCCAUGGCGACCAGCGAAGAGCUCGCGCAGAUCGGCGUAUCCCUGGAGGAGAAGGACGACCUGGUGGGGAAGGUGAUGAGGUACGUGCUCUUCAAGACGCACCAGACCUCCGGCUGCCCCAUCAAGCGGGAGGAGCUCACCCAGAUCGUCACCAAGGACUACCAGAAGCGCGCGCUCCCGUCCCUCGUCAUCAAGGAGGCCGGGGACAGGCUCGCCGCCACCUUCGGCUACGAGAUGAGGGAGCUCCAGAGGACCCGCGCCCCCUCCAACCGCUCCGUGCGCUCGUCCUCCCAGGCGCCCAGUAGCGUGGACACGAAAACCUACAUCCUGGUAAGCAAGCUGGACCCUGAGGUGUACAGCAAGUACGUCGAGGACAAGGAGCGUGCCCAUCUCUCUGGCUUCGCCUUUGUUGUCAUAAGCAUUGUUCAUGUUGCCGGCGGCAAGAUCUCCGAAGAGGACCUCUGGCAUCAGCUGAAGCGGCUGGGGUUGAAUGAGAACGAUGAGAAGCACCCCGUUAUUGGCAACAAUAAGCAGGCACUAGAACUACUUGUGCAGCAAAGGUACUUGCUGAAGGAGAAAAUUGCUGGUCCAGAAGGCCAUUUCAUGGUUUAUGAGCUUGCGGAGAGGGCAUUGGAUGAAUCCAUCAGUGUGAAGCUUAAAGAUUACAUUUCACAGAUUGUGGGGACAAGCACUGCUACAGAAGAAUGACGUGGGUGCGAUAUGACAACUGACAGGCUUUGUAGUCGAGCCUAAAUUUCAUCCAUUUAAAGGGUGAGAUUCUGGUCAAGACGAAAAGCCAUUAUCUUGUAGAGACUUGGUGGAAGCCUUGUUCAAGAGCUGUAUAGGAGAGGAGAUGGUGUUUCUCUCAGCUAGGUUAGACCGAGACGAUUGACAUGCAGACUUUUGCAGCAACCUAUCGCGUAGCAAGGUUGCAUAUCGAUGACGAUUAGUAUGCGUUCUUGUUGUUAAUUAUAUGGAGCUGUAAAGCUUAACCAGGUGUUUGAGUGCACUAUCUGCCGGUUUGUCAGCACUCUGGUUUGCUCAACUGAGCUGAAGAUUAGAACCAUGCACAUGUUAUGUUCUGCUGCUGUCAGGUUCACAAACAUGGCAACUUUACAUUCAGCAUAAUUUGUUCGGUGUGUUCGGCUCGGUCUCUAUAUGGCCUGAGCCCAAUCAUUUAACUGGGCCUCUGUUAACACCA